AUGCAAAGUCUUUCUUCAAUGUUGUCUCCGCUCAAGUCAAGUCCUUCCAGCUCUGUUUCUACUGAUCAACAAGGAAACAUGAACUUCCAAACACCUCUAAGCAUCACUAUUCCACCAAAUGACUACGAGAUGGCUGGAAUUCGGCAAUUCGCCAAUGACCCAUGUCAAGGGGAUCAAUCCAACUCGAUGUGGCCGAUUACGUAUAAUCAACAACCAUUGUUGGCUUCAAAGGAUCCGAGCAUGGAUGCAUUGGCUACAUUGAAUGCCGGACUAGGAAACCAAUACACUUAUCAGAUGUUCGACGCGGAGCAGGCCGGCCAUAGUCAGCAGCAAAACGUCUUCCAAAACGAUCCGCGAAUAGGAUAUGACAAGAUUGUCUAUGCAUCUGCAAAUGUCCUUCCAUACAAGGAUCUCUAUUACCAAUGUGCAUACGGAGAACCCAAAACCGAGAGGAUGGCCAUCCGUCACAAGCUGGACGACGACGACGCCGGACCGGAGGCGAAACGUCAAUGUGUAGGGGAACCGCCAAGAUUUGGAAAUGAGCGAAGCGUAAUUGUUCAGAACACCAGCGUCAUCGGUAGCUCUUCGAACACUCAUGAGACCUAA